CGAGCUUCACAUUAAAACGGCUUUUUUGCUAAAAUUUAUUUAGAUUCAUUGUCCUUAACGGAAAAUCGGCUUCAAACUCCAUGUGUUUUGACAAUUUUCCGCCGAAAUAAUUUUGCAUCGCGCGCGACAAAUUCAAAGUUUGCUGAAAUUUUAUUUGCAAUAAACAAGUGCAGCACAUCGUCACUUUAUACAAAGGAAAACGACAAGAUACUCAAAGUUUAGGCCUGCAUAAUGUAUCCACACUCAGGGAAGUAUUUUAGUAAAUGUACCUUCUCGUCUGUGGAGGAUUCAAAGCAAAAGAAAUAUAAUUUCUAAGAUCAAAUUUGUGAAAACGACGUGUGAAACGGGACUAAAUUAGUCUACAAAAUAAUAUUGGUCAAAAUUCGUAUAUUGUCUUCAUUGGAGGUUCUGUAUUUCGUGGUGGUUAAAAGCAAUGUGUGGAAAAACAGAAUGGAUUUGGUGCCCUCAAGUUCAGAGAGCGAGCAAAAUCUUCACAAAGAUCAUCAACAAAUCUCAGAAGCGAUACCUCGUUUCGCGCGACCAUUACUUAUUAAAGUGCCUUGCUUGUGCAGUUGUCCAGCUCUUCCUGGCCGUACCAGAAGAUCGCACCAGAUGGCAGAUAUCUGCUAUUGGUGUGGCGUGCCUUGUCAAAGAUGGUAUCGCUCGCUCGUACUACAUCCGCAUUGUAGACAUAGACAACAAGCAAAUAAGCUGGGAGCAGGAGCUGUAUAAACAGUUUAAGUAUCGAGCCGCCGCGAGCUUCUUUCACACAUUCAAUGCUGAAGGUUGUAGGGCGGGUCUCAACUUUUGUGACGAGGUGGAAGCCCAAGCCUUUCGCGUUGCUGUCAAAGAGAGAAUCAAAGCAUUCAAGAAAAAACGAGAAGAGGCUCGGGCGCGCAAACUUAUCGCCCAGCAACAACAACAGAUGAUGAUGAUGGGAUCGACCGCCUUCGUGGCACACCCGAGUGGAAGAGGGAUGCAGAUGGUGCGCAUGAACAUGCCGGCUUAUCCUAGCUUCGCAGGGUUGAUCCCCAUGCAGUCAGGGAUAAGAGGAGGCAUGAGAGGAGGUCCGAGAAUGCAGCAGCAAAUGAGCAUGAUGCGACCGCAGAUGAGUAUGAUGAGGCCACAAAUGAGUGCCAUGGGUGGACAGAUGCGCGGGAGAGGGAGGGCGAGAGCCAGAGGGCGUGGCAGACCACCAAGGCGUGGCGGAAUGCCAGCGAGAGGCGGCCAAGCGGGAGGGGUACCUGUCGAGGGUGAAGCCUCCAAGGCUACGGCUCAUGGUCACCCUGAUUCUGCCCCUGUUGAGUCGGGCAUGAUAACUAAAGAGGAAGUGGAUGUCCCUAAGCCCCCGCCACCUCCCGCCCCUAAACCACCAGAAAUAUCAACUUCAGAAGAAAAGAUAAAGAAAGAAAAGAAAGGAGGUUUCUUCUCGUCGCUUUUUAAGAAAAAGAAACAAGCUCCAACGCCACAAACACAAGCCUCUACGGCCCCACCCUUAGUACCAGCUGGCGUAGAAGCACCAACUCCUACCCCCAUGGUAGCACAAUCAGUAGCCCCUCCGGAUCUAAGUACAGCAGCAACUUUACCUUAUACUGCUAAAGUAUCUCAACCACCACCAGCAGCGCCUACACCUGCGCCACCACCAAGAGCACCCGAAACACCAUCUCAAGCUCCUCCCCCUCCACCACCGCCCACAUCUCAGGCUACAAGGGGACCUCCACCACCACCGCCUAUAGCUCCGGCUACAGGGGUACCCCCACCACCACCGCCUAUAGCUCCGGCUACAGGGGUACCCCCACCACCACCGCCUAUAGCUCCGGCUACAGGGGGACCUCCACCACCACCGCCUAUAGCUCCGGCUACAGGGGGACCCCCACCACCACCGCCUAUAGCUCCAGCACCUACAGUUCCUGCCCCAGCCGUACCCUUAGCGGCUGCUUCCCCGCCACCUCCUUCGGGGGGACCACCACCACCACCACCCCCGCCGCCACCACCACCCCCUCCGCCUAUACUCGAGCUUGCGGCUGCCCCUCCUCCCGGAUCGGUGCUUGGCGCAGCGCUAACCGGGAUAAAGAGCGGAGUGGUCUGUGGAGGGGGUGAAUCCCUGAUGGACAGCAUCCAAUUGGGACACCAACUGAAAAAGGUGGAUCGAAGCAGGCCUUUAAAGCCAAAGCCUGAGCCCGAGGAUGGGGGUAUGGGAGGAGCUAUUGCACGCGCAAUGGACCUCCGCUCUAGAGUAAUGCACUCAUCAGAUGAAGAUGACGACGAUGAUGACGAUGAUUGGGAUGAUGACGAUGAUGAUGAUGACUGGUCGGACUAGCCGUUAUAAUCACCCAGCUAUCAGCAUCUAUAUGAUGUGUACGUGUAGCUUAGCAUUUAUAAUAAUAAAAUACACGGGCGUUUUUA